AUGGAAUCAACAGGAAUCACUAGAAAAUCCUUGAAUGAAUUUACACCACCUCAAAAACGUAUUCUAUCUGUGUCAAACAGUAAUAUACCUCAAAAACUUAUGAAAGUUCAACAUGUCUCAAGCAAGACAGAUUAUAAUGAAAAUAGACAAGGCCAUGUUCAACAACGUUGUGUAUUAUGUCGUUCGAAGCAAGUUCGAAAACAACCUACUUAUUUUUGUCGGAUAUGUCCUGAUAAACCUGCUUUGUGUUAUCCAGACUGUUUUGAUGCAUUUCAUAGUAAAAUAUAG